CAGUCAAAUGCCAGAAGACCCUGCUUGUUGCUAGAAUUGACGCUUGAUGCUGUUGUUGUUUGGGACGCCGUCUUACUGCGGAUGCCGAAGCCGGAUCCACUCUGCUCACCUGACUCCCUUCUUAUGGGUCUAUACUAUUAUAGUCUAAUUAUGGGACGAGCACUGUUUGCCUUUCGGUUUGCCUUUACCUUUGUCGUUGCCUUUCGAUUUCUCUUGUUGCCUCGUCUGGUAGCGGAAAAUGGAAAUAUACAUCCGUGCCGUGGUAAUGGGAUCCAGAGCCGAAUACGCCUCUCUACUGGUCCGGAACAUCGUCCGCCUCCCCUCGCCUUGCCCAUGACCAUCCAUCUUCAUUCUCCACCGACAGACCCAAGCAACCCUCGUGUCGCGAUCGCUCAUUCGGAGACCACAGGCAUCGAUACACCGCCCUUUCGAAACUACAGGAGCCGCAUCGCGAGUGGGCGGGAAGACAGGUGUCAGAAGCGAAGAUUUCGACACGAAGCCAACAGAAAGACGUCCGACCAGUUGCGCAAGCGCCCACGUCCGUCUAGGCAGUUUUGCGCCGAGUAUAGCGUUCCGUUGAUGGCCAAGUGCAAGCGAAUGACAUGCCCAAGACGUAUGUCAACUUCCUGAACCAGCUCUGAGCUGCGAAGCGACAGUAACAUAGUACAGUGCGCGCAGUAGUGUUUAGGGCCCGUAAGGCUCCAAGUCAGAAGUUAAAGCCAACACCCGUAGCUGAGUAACCUGUGCUCCUGAAGAGUGUGCAGAUCCCAUAGCCUUUGCCUUCGUCACUCAUCGCAGUAUCUAUCGUACAUCUCACGACAUUGUGAUAACGAGAAUUUUCAAUUUUCUUUCGCACACUCGCACCGUAUGUCGUGAUAGACUGACAGUACAGUAUGUGACCGCAUUUGCGGCCCAUCCUGCAAAACGGUUUCGCGUUAGGAG